AUGGACGAUGUGUAUUUAGAUGUCACGGCUGGAUACACCGAUGAUUGCAGAAUAACUCAAAUUGAAUAUCACUCGUUUUUACCUUAUUCUACGUCAGCCCUCUCCAAUAACGAUGAAGUGCGUAUCGCUUUACAUAACACAGAGUCUUAUACUCUACCGUGUGAGAGUUAUAUUUACAUCGAAGGAACAAUAACCAAACCUGCAGAAAUAACUGACGACAUUCGAUUUAUAAACAACGGACUUGCAUUUCUUUUCUCCGAAAUGAAAUACGAAAUAAACGGUAUUCAAAUUAAAAAACUCGCUAAUCCAGGUAUAACAACCACAUUAAAAGGAUAUUGCUCUUAUAAUAAAUCGAAUAUUACAUCACAUCAUAACGCUGCUUGGGAUAAUGACAUUGAAAAUAUUAAUAAAGAUUUUAUUGAAGGUGAUAUGUUUAACGGUUGUAUUGCUCUUAAAGAUUUGUUUGGUUUUCGCGAAGAUUAUAAACGUAUUUUAAUAAACUGCAAUCAACAACUUAUAUUAAAUAGAGCUUCGAUAGAUAUAAAUGCUAUCAAGCAGUACAAAAACAAUAAAGUUGUCACAGACGCAUCUAAACUAAAAGACGUUAAAAUAAACAUAACAAAAAUAUUGUGGAGAAUGCCUAUUGUAAAAGUCAGUGAUAAAGAAAAAAUUAAAUUGUUGAAAGUUGUAAACAAUCAAAAGCCCCUAACUUGUGCGUUUAGAUCGUGGGAGUUGUGUGAGUAUCCGUUUCUACCUCAAAACACAUCGCAUUCUUGGAAAGUAAAAACAUCUAACAAAUUGGAAAAACCGCGAUAUGUCAUCAUUGGAUUUCAAACUGAUAGGAAAAAUAGCUCAAAUAAAUCAAUGUCAGUUUUUGACCAUUGUAAAAUUAAAAACUUGAAAGUUUAUUUAAACGCUGAAGUAUUUCCCUAUGAAGAUUUCCAAUGCGACUUUACCAAGAAUAAGAUCGGUACAUUAUACCACGCAUACACUGAGUUUCAAAAAUCGUACUAUGGACAUGAUAAUGUUACACCUCUGUUGUCCAGAUCUGAUUUCAAAAAUCUAUCUCCGAUUAUAAUUGUUGACAUGAGCAGACAGAACGAUAACGUAAAAACGCCAACUGUCGACCUCAGGAUUGAAAUUGAAACCGAUACACCGUUUCCUGCUUCCACUUCGGCUUAUUGUUUAAUAUUACAUGACCAAAUUAUAACUUAUAAUCCAUUUAAUGGUGAAGUGAGAACCUUGUAA